AUAAUACUUUUAUUUGUAUUUUUUAUUUUUAGGGGUUUGGUUAACAUUUUUUUUUUUUGUUAUAGACUUUUGAGAGUAAUAAUUUCUAUAGAAUUUAUAGUUAUUUUUUUAUUCUUUAUUGUUCUUAAAAAUUUUUAUAGAGAGGAGUAUUUUGCUUUAUUGUUAUUUUUAGUAAUAGUAGUAAGCGAUAGUAUUUUAGGGUUGGUUUUAUUGACUUUAAAGGUUUUUUUUAGCGGGGAUGAUAUGAUUAAUUUAAUCGAUGUUUUUUAA